AUGGCGUCUCAAUUGCAGGACGUCGAAAAGAGAGCAGACAGCAUUCAAAUUGUCGGCGAUAGCUCUUCUAAAGAAGAAGCGGGCUUGGACCUGACGAUCCCCGUCCCCUCCUUCCUUCGCCAGCUGAACGAGCGCAUUGAAGGCCUGGCUGGGUUCGAAGCUCGUGGAAUCACGCGAGUACCGCCUGAAGAGCGCCAGCCGCCGUCUCUCGCCAGUGAUAUCCAGGUCGCCUUGCUAUGGUUCAGUGCCAAUGUCUCGGUCAAUAAUCUUGCCGUUGGACUCUUUGGUCCCCUUGUCUUCGGCCUGGGUUUCCUGGAUAGCGCCAUGUUUGCAUGGAUCCCCCAGGUUCUCGUCCUGUUCGUCUUGGUAGGCUGCGCUGGCCCAUACUUCGACGCAUCUGCAACCUCCAUCGGUGACAAAUCAACAGUGGCAGCCAACCGCCUGUCGUUUCUCUCCCUCUGCCUCUAUGUCCCCAACUCGUGGGCAGCUGCAGCUUCUGACUUUUACGUGUACUACCCGGAGAAGACAUCCAGGCUGAAAAUAUUCUUGCUAACCAUGACCGGGCUGUGGCUGUCAUUCUCUCUUGUGUACGUGCUUGGAAUCGGGCUCGGUUCGGGGAUCGCGAAUCACCCUGCUUGGGCUGACGCGAACAGUGUUUCAACCGGUGCUCUCAUUGUCGCUGGCUAUGGACCUCUGAACGGCUUUGGAAAGUUCUGCUCCGUCGUCGUUGCUCUCGGCGUCAUUGCAAACAGCAUUCCGGGGACAUACUCCGCCGCCCUAGGCGCCCAGGUCCUAGGUCGAUACGGCAAGGCAGUUCCGCGCUGGGUCUGGUCCUGCGUCAUGAUUCUGAUCGAGCUGAUCUGUGCUCUGGCCGGGAGAGACCACCUGUUCCUUGUCUUCCAGAACUUCCUCGCGUUGAUGGGCUACUGGGUCGAGAUCAUGAUCUGCAUCGUCCUGCAGGAACACUUGAUCUUCCGUCGUAAGAAGCUCGGCUUCGACUGGGCUAGAUGGGAGGACAAGUCGUACCUGCCUCUUGGCAUUGCGGCUCUGAUAUCGUUCCUGCUUGGCUGGCUUGGCGCCGUGCUGGGCAUGUACCAGGUUUGGUACGUAGGACGACUGGCGGAGUUAGCUGGCGGCUCUGAUAUUGGUGUGUGGGUUGGGUGCGGAUUUGCGUUGAUCUCGUUUCCACCAUUGAGAUAUCUCGAGUUGAAGAAGUUUGGCAGGUAA